CCCAGUUUGUGUCACUAUCAGGAAAUAGACGUGCUUUUAAUUCACACAUUGUUGAUGAAGAUUAUUCGUUAGUCAAAUGAAACCAGUAACUCAAAUGGGUGCUGUAGUUCUGGUGCUAUUUACAAUCGGUGCUUUUAUCAGUCCAGUUCGAUCUCUGGACAAUGGUCUCGCGCUCAAGCCUACAAUGGGUUGGCUGCAUUGGGAGAGAUUCAUGUGCAAUGUCGACUGUGACACGGACCCCAAUAAUUGCAUCAGUGAGAAUCUCUACAUGCAGAUGGCAGAUGUGAUGGUGAUGGAAGGCUGGAAGGAGGCUGGCUACGAGUAUGUCUGCAUCGAUGACUGUUGGCCCAGCCACCAACGUGAUGCCAAGGGACGCCUUCAGGCAGACCCGAAGCGGUUCCCCAGAGGCAUCAAGAAACUGGCCGACUAUGUUCAUUCCAAGGGUCUCAAGUUGGGGAUCUAUGCUGAUUUGGGAACCUUUACAUGUGGAGGCUUUCCAGGGAGCCUGGGAUACUACGACAUCGACGCUCAGACCUUUGCUGAUUGGGGUGUGGAUCUGCUCAAAUUUGAUGGGUGCUACAUGAAGUGGACUUUACUGGGAGAAGGUUACACAAACAUGUCAAUAGCACUGAACCAAACUGGGAGAAGUAUCCUGUACUCCUGCGAGUGGCCACUGUAUGAGUGGCCGUACCAUCAGCCAGACUAUGCUGCCAUACGGAAGGUCUGUAACCACUGGCGCAACUUUGCGGAUGUGUAUGACUCCUGGGACAGUGUGAAGACCAUCUUGGACUGGACUGCCGACCAUCAGGACGUCAUUGUCCCAGCGGCUGGGCCUGGGGGCUGGAAUGACCCUGACAUGCUGGUGAUUGGAAACUUUGGCCUGAGUCACGCCCAACAGGAGUCUCAGAUGGCAUUGUGGGCCAUCAUGGCCGCCCCUCUGCUGAUGUCCAAUGACCUGAGAGACAUCUGCCCCCGGUCCAAGCAGCUGCUGCAGAACACAAGGAUCAUCGACAUCAGUCAGGACCCACUGGGCAGGCAGGGCUAUCGCACAGCCAAGGUGGACAGUUUCGAGGUGUGGGAAAGACACCUGUCUGGUGGCCGGUUGGCUCUGGCAGUGAUGAACAAGCAGGAGAUCGGUGGUCCCCGAGGCUUCCCCCUCACCCUGGCCACGCUGCCUAGCUGGAAGAUCUGCCACCCCCAGUGUAAUGUCACCCAGGUCCUGCCCAGCUACAAGGAGCUGGGGGUCCAGACCCUACUCAGUAAACUUGUGGUGGUGGUCAACCCUUCUGGCACAGCACUGCUGACUGUCACCCCCAUUUAAGUGUGACUUCAACACCCAAUGGCAAUUAUGGAAGGACAUGCCCAACGUGAGCAGUUCUUUAGUAUGGUGUAGCUAGCAGACAAGCAUAUGGGCCCUGGCCCUCACCCAGCACUGAUUGAAAUGCACAGGAUUUAUGAACCUUAGAAUAGGUUAUUUAGUUGGUGUGCUUCCCUUGAAUUAUUAGAGGGAUUUUUCAUCUUUAUUUUAAGUGUGGAAUGUGUUAGUAAUUGUUCAUGUUUUGUAUGCCAAUUGUUCUGGUCACAAAAAGGAGAUUUGCUGGAUGGCAGACACCUGAAUGUUCAGAUAUCAAAAAUCAGUAGUACUGUAACAAUUUUUCCUGAUUUGCAAUAACUGUUACUUUGGUACAAUCAUGUUUGGAAAUGUUCACAUUUAAUUAAAGGGGCAAUCUGGAAUUCAAACAAAACCAAAGCCAUCAACCUGCCACUUUUUUGGUAAACUUCGGGAUGGGUCUGGAAAAACAUUACUUAAAUUUACGGUAACACUUCAACCAGCGUUAUCACAUGGUUAUAACCAUGUCAAUGUCAUAACAGCUGACAUAACUUGUCAAAAUGGGAUCAUAACAUUGUCAUGACCCAUAUUUACACCUGUUGUGACGUUAUUUUUAUGGCUGGUUAUGACACUUGCAUAAGUGUCAAAACCCACAUUUAUUCAAAUGUUUUUUCCCUACCAAGAAGUCCUUCGUAAUUCUUUAGUCAUUUUUUUCUUCAUAUUUUAAAUAACUUGUAGAAAACACUUUGACCCUGUGACUAAGAAAAUAAUGCUUUUUGAAAGUGUCAAAGUGUAUGACCAGAAUAUAUACCCUUAUGUCAAGAGGGUGUCUUGUCCUGCAUACAUCCCAGUCAUCAGCAAGUGUUGGGGUCGGUGCAUGUCUGACAUCAAUGUGUGUGCAAUUACAAUUUAAUUUGGUCAAUUUUAGAAAAUUAUAGUAAACAUACUGUUGACAAGUAGGCUAUAUGGUGUAAUGGAAUGUUUUGCCUUGUGUGGUAGAUGUCAUAACCAGCCAUAAAAUUACUUCUGUGGUAGGUUUACACUUCUGUAGUUGUCUUAACCAGCCAUAAAAUUACUUCUGUGGUAGGUUUACACUUCUGUAGUUGUCUUAACCAGCCAUAAAAUUACUUCUGUGGUAGGUUUACAUUUCUGUAGUUGUCUUAACCAGCCAUAAAAUUACUUCUGUGGUAGGUUUACACUUCUGUAGUUGUCUUAACCAGCCAUAAAAUAAUGCAAUAUGUCAAACUUAUGACGCUGGUUGUCCCCAAAUUUCCACAGGCAAGGACUGACCAUAUCGAAAUGAUUGUUUUAAAUAUUUUCAAUGCUGUCUUUGCACUACCCUAGUUAGCAUUGGCUGGCAAAACUACUGCCAACUUCCUUCAAACUACACAGGCAAAAAUUGUAUCCAUGUGUUCAUCUGACUCUGUAAGUAGAACAAGGGCUUUAAUCCCAAAAUCUCAUUUUGGGUUCUUAUCACUUCAAUAUACGUACACACACUAGAUAUGGGACCCCACCGUUGUAAAAAUAUUUUGGAAGCUAUAGAAAUGCAUUUAUUAGAUUUUUUUUUUAUUUUUUUUAAAUGUGACCUAAACAAGAAUGUAUACAAACAUUCCUUAUAGUAUAAUUUGAUAUUAAUGUAAGCGUACAACAAAUAUACUUAAAUACAUGCAAUUGUCCUUGAAACAUUUAAUUGAAAUACUGUAUUAUUCCAUUCAUUCCUAUGGAGGACUGCUCCUACUAGGGAGUGCCAAUAUGGCCGAUCGGUGUCUUCAGAGCCUCUCAAUGGCCGAUACAUAGCGUCAGCAUUCUAGGGUUUAUAUACAUCAUUCGGUUCUGAUGGGUUUAGACUGUUGUACUAAGCCCAUGAGGAGAUGAUUCAGGCAUGGUUAUCCGCUAGUGUUUAUACUGAUGUGCUUCAACCAGUCUUGGAAAGGUUAAGUUGUAAAUUCUGGAAUGGCCAAUUACAUCUUCAUAUCCACCAACUAAUUGCCAUCAUCUUGUAAUUACCACCAAGGUACAGUUAAGGAGAGAUGAGACAUCUGGUAAAAUUUUAAUACAUUUAUUGGGGGGAAAAACGACAAGUCCAUCCAAUAGAUUGACCCACAGUCUAGAACUGGAUGACCUGGCCCUGAAAGGAGACAAUACAAACAAGGUUACAAGGCAGCUCAGAUAUUCAACCAGCACAUUGAAACUAUUCACCUUUCCACAACGAAAAAUCCGAAACACCACUUCUGAAUCCAAUCACAUCUUUCAAUUUGACAACUUAAUAGAACUUGUUAACAUUCAUUAGGGCAUAUCUAAAAUCCAAACAAUUCAAGAGCCGCACACGUUUGGCCAGAGAGGGCCUUCAGACUGCUAUUGUCAAUUCCUCUACAGGCUGUCUAAUAACCCCUGAGUUCAGAGGAAGCAUGCAUUUUUGUAAUUGACUAAAUGUUCUAUAGAGCAACGAUUUAAAGUGGGAAAACUCAGAGGUGUAUCAAGGAUAGUUUAACAUUGUCAAAUGUCACCAACGAUAACACUAAAAAACAGCAGGCUCUGGACCUUGUAGGGUAAGAGUUGAAUAACCCUGGUACAGUACAUUCAGAAAGUAUUCAGACCCCU